AUGGCCUCCCCCGACACGACUGUCGGUCUACCGACAACCAGCCCCACCAAACGAGCCUCUCAGAAAAAACGUCACACCAAACCAUGUCGUUACUACCAAGUCGGCAAAUGUCCCCAUUCCGCACAAGAGGACUGCGAUUUUGCGCAUGUUUACGCUGACCAGAUGCCCGCCAUUGGCCCUGAACCAAAGCAAUGUCGUUAUUGGGCUCAAGGCAAUUGCACGAACGGCAUUUGGUGUCAAUAUAAGCAUGGAGAUGCGGCGGACGCUGCGGUCCUUGAAGAGUAUCGACAGUUAGCCUUAGCUAAUCAAGGUCUCGUCGUCGAAACAACAGCCGCCGCUGUACCGCCUGCAGCCCACCCGACUUACAUGUCGUCGGCUCCUUGGUCACCAUAUAGCCCUGACGGCUUCCAGUACUAUCAGCAAUAUUCUGAUAACGCGUCGUCUUUGCCACCGCCAGGUUCUGAUUCUUCGUCGGACGACUAUCCGUUAUUCUCCUACUCAAGCGUCCAAUAUGCAGUCCCCCUCAGCCCUGGAUUUGGACCCAUGCCAUAUGAGCCAUUCCUUCCUACGAGCCCUGGUCCGAUGAGCCCAGUCUUUCGAAGGGAUUCGACCCCAUUGUAUGACAUCUUUGGGAGUCCCCAGCCGUUCUUCGCUGGUGCUGCUGCCUCACAACCAGCGUCGACUUGGCCCGACCCAUAUCCAGGUCCACUGGCAAAUCGUCAGCGCUUCCCCAGCUAUCGAACCAAGCCAUGCCGGUAUUUCAAACCUGGAAGUGUCUGUCCAAACGGCGAAAAGUGUAAUUUUCUCCAUGCAGAUCAGUCAGAAACGCCGACAAAAGAGAUCCUAAAAUCUACGACAGCUCCUCCUUCGACUCCAGAAGCCAGUCCACCAUCUCCGUUGCACGCCUCACUUCCUGCGCGGCCAUUAUCGCAACGCGAAGAAAAUACCCGACGCGGCUAUUUCCCCAUCUCGUGGCGCGUUAUCGGGGGUGGGGUAUUAUGUGGCGGCCCUGCGAAAGGCGGGUCUGAUGUGGAUUCAGACUCGAUCUCAGAAGACUCGAUUGACGAUGUGCUUUAUACCGUCCCCCCUGGACUUGGGCGACCAGAACAAGUGACUUUUGCAUUCCCGAGCAUUGCGUCGACAGAUAUAGAACCUGAUGCUCACGACGGAACUCCUAACACCGCUUCCGUUGCGUCUCAGGCCGGGACCAGACAAAGAGCUUCGUCUAUACCUUCUGCGCCAAUCAUCGAGCAUAUGGAUGUUCUCAAGCUCUUUUUGGCGGAAUCUCCGGGUGGAUUGUGA